AAGCAAUUUCAUUAACAUACUCAAGGCGCAAAAGCGCCGUGUCUGAGUACCAUACAUUAGACACCAUGGGAUGGAAUCUGCCUAAACUUAUGGCAUGGGGACUUAGCCUUGGAAAACGUGGUUACGGACGGAAUUUAUCAAUGAAGGAAGCUGAGCCACUCGCUAAGCUAGCUCAAACCAGUGGAUUGAAGACACCGAGUCGUAGUACAGCAGUACACAAAGAUGAAUGUAUAUACAGCACUGAUACCGAUAAAUCGCCAGACGGCAUCUAUAUAAACCUGAAAUCAUUUGAAUCAUUUGGGAAAGGGGUCCUUCAUCUUGAUACAUCUGGUGACAAUGCGAUUUAUCUACAUGUAAAGCGAGUUCUAGUCCCCGUCAACCCAGAGGUUAAUUACAGCGAGGACGUCACACUUGAUAAGGUGGAUAGUAGCACUGCGAUUAACAAGGAGCCAGGAAGUACUACGAAUGAAACAGCUAUAGUGUACAAGCAAAAGAAGACAUGCGAUGAAGUCGUGGAGUAUGAGAUAUACUGCCCAUCGCUAGGACUCACGGUGCCCCUAGAGAGUGCACCGCAGGGUCUAGCUACAAUUUGCAAAGCCGUUAUAGACCAUGAAGCAUUCAACUUUAACCCUGAUGAGUUUGUUUGGAAGGACUAUUUGAACGAGUCCAAGUAUGCAGAGCAUCUAAUACAAGUAGAAGCACCACCGGUGAUCAAGUACGAGAACUUGGUCUGCGACCGCUGUGGAGCUGCUACUAACCUAUGGCUUAAUUUAUCUGAUGGGUAUAUUGGCUGUGGUCGUAAAAACUAUGACUCCGGAGGCUGCGCUGAUGGAGAGGAAGGUGCUGCAAUCCAGCAUUACAAUGAAACGGGUGGUAUAUACCCACUGGCAGUGAAAGUGGGUACCAUCACUGCCACUUCGGGUGAUGUGUUCAGCUACGCAGCCGAUGAGGACUGCUUGGUAACUGACCCUUACCUCAGUGUCCACCUAGCCCACUUUGGUAUAGACGUCUCUAACUUGACCAAAACCGAGAAAACAACGGCACAAUUGGAAAUUGAGAAGAAUGAACAGCAUGAUUGGUCCGAAAUGGGCAAUGGGAAGUCACAAGUGGCACAAGGACCGGGAUUAAUCGGUCUAGAGAACCUGGGGAAUACAUGCUACCUCAAUUCGGCAGUGCAGGUACUGGCAUCAGUACCUGAACUAGCGAAGUACUUCGUGGAAAACAUUGAAAGCAUCGCAACUGAGGUGCCAGAAGGUACCCAACCGUGCGGUGAUGUGUUGUUGCAAUUUGCAAAGAUAGUCAAGGCGUUGACCACGGAUCGCGUGGUAGAGCAGCAACGUGAACUAUUAUCCAGAUAUCGCAAAGCUUGUGAAGAGAUGGGAAUUAAUUACGAAGAACCGGAACAAUUGAAAAACGUAGCUGUGAAGCCAUCAAUGUUAAAGUAUGCCAUUGGCAGGGACAACCAGAGGUUUGCCACAGGUGACCAACAGGAUGCAGAGGAAUUCUUCAGCCACCUCCUGAAUACGCUUGUUGAUAUGGAAACAGAAGUAAAACGACGUACAAAAACAAACUUUAAACUGAAGUCAUUCUUUUUCUUCAAGUAUAGGCAGUACCUGGUCUGCGAAAGCUUGAAUAAGAUGACCUACAACGACAAUGAGAUGCAUAUGCUAUGUCUACCGUUGAUCCUACAAUCCGAAACAAUGGAAUUGGACCCUACAGUCGAAAUUAACCUACAGCACUGCGUAAGCAACUGGGAGCGUGAACAGGAGAUUGACUACAUUGACCAGGGCAAACACCACGUAGGGGUGAUCACUAACGCACUAGUGACGUUACCACAGUACCUCGUGAUAAAGGUCGACCGUUUCUUCUAUAACAUGGAUGGAACUAGUAAGAAAAUAGUGAACCCCGUUGUGGUACCACAGGAGGGCAUUGUACUAGAAACACAAGGUGAAGUGGACCACAAAGGAUAUAUCGUUGAAUGCAAUACACGCGAACCUAAAAAGGCCAAACAUCAAGGAAAUGACACAUUGUUGCAACAGCUGAUGGCCAUGGGAUUCCAGGAAAAGCUAUGUAGAUUGGCCAUGGAAAGAGAAGGGAAUGACAACAUAGAUACAUGCGUGAACUGGAUACUAUCCAACAUGGACGUAGUCUCAGAGGAUACGCCAGACGACAAAGCUGGAGUAGUUGCCACCAACGCUUCGAUACUGAUGGACCUGGGAUACCCACUGGAGCUGGCAAACAGAGCUGCCGAGAAGUUUGGAGAUGACCUGGCUGCCGCCGUGGACUGGCUGGCAACGGAGGAUUUCGCCCCUACCACACAGGUGAAGCAAAAGGGAAGAUACAAGCUCUGGGCAGUUAUAUCGCAUAUAGGAGAAAGUAUCAAUACGGGGCAUUACGUAUGCCACAUAACGAAACAUGGGCACUGGUAUACCUACAAUGACGCCAAAGUGCUAACUUGUGACAGUGCACCAACCAAUAAUGGGUACCUAUACCUAUUUAGUAGGUUGGAAUAAUAAUAUCCGUGAUACAGUAA